GGUGGUGUCGAGCUUCACGCUGGAGGGGGAGCUGGUGCGGAGGGCCAAGCAGUACGUGGUCCACACGCAGCUGCCGUACCGUGUGGUCGCCGCGGAGCUGACCCCCUCGCGCGCCGACCUGGUGAUGUGGUGCCACGUGGCGGGGCAGCCGGGGGACGCGGACAGCUUCGGGUACUUCUCGGUGCAUGUGUUAAAUGUCGAGGCGGGCUUGAAACCCAACACGCCGCGGAUCGACAUAUACGACCACUCCAGAGGCGCCUGCGCCCCCGCCUACGCGCUCACCCCCCGCGUGCCCUCCCUGGGCUCCGAGUACCUGAUAGCGGGUCUGGGCUGCGGGCUGCUGGGCUGGUACUCGCUGGCCACCGGGGCGCUGGUGCGGGCGGUGCGGCUGCCGGGGGUGCAGCAGCAGAGCCGCUACUUCGCCUCGCUCUCCCUCUUCACGCUCUCCCCCUCCCUGGACUGCCCCUCCGCCGGCCGCUCCUACCUUGCCGCCGCCCCCGCCGCCUCCCCCGCCGCGCUGCUGUUCCUGCUGGACGACUCGCUGGGAGUGAGUCAGCAGGUGGCGCUGGUGGCGGCGCUGGGGCCCCCGCGGGGGGUGGCGCCGCCACCGCCGCAGCUGCUGCGCCCGCCCGAGCCGCCCAGCCGGGAGGUGGAGCCGGCUCGUCCGGAGCGGUGGCGGGACGUGCGGCAGGUGCAGUUCAGCUCCGGUCCGCCUCAGGCCCGGGUCAUCACGCCCGCCACCCCCUCCUGGACCAAGGACUAUGAGGAGGAGGAGCAGCGGCGGGAGGCGCGGGAGCGGGAGGCGAGGGAGCGGGAGCGGCAGCAGCAGGAGCUGGAGCAGCAGCGGCUGCAGCGGGAGUGGGAGCGGCGGGAGCUGGAGCGAGCGAAGCGGCAGAGGGAGAGGCAGCAGCGGGCGAAGAGGG